CUUGCCAACCCGUUUCACUUGAACGCGAUGGCGCCGCGGUCUCUGGCAACGACGGCGACACCGGCACAAGUUGAUGAAGUCGGCGAUUUAUUUGACGAGCUCGUGGACAAGGACAGCGGGUGCGUCACUGCCAAGGAGAUGGCUGGCAUCUUGCCCUACACGGCGGGAGCCGCCACGACGGACGUCCAAGCCAUGAUCGACGACAUGGAGGCCAAGAAGAUGGCACUGGACAAGAAGCAGUUUGUUCGCCUCGUGUCCAAGCGCAUGUACGGCGAGUGGAAUGCACACAUGGAAUCCCUGGAGAACGCGCCGCUCGCUCACGUCAUUGUGUCGAUGAAACGCCGCAAACACUUGGUCCAAUUUGCCAACUUUUACCUAUCCAAAGGCGUCGCUGGCGCCGAGUUGGUGGUUCCCGCCGACACUGACAUUCGCCAGAAUGCACCAAAACCUCCCCUGAACAAACGGCGGGCGCGGCAGAUCCAGCAUCACGCCCCCGUCUUGCCGCGUCAACUCGCGAGCAAUGCAACCAACACGGACAAACUGCGGCCGACAAAGGAGCAGUUGCACGAUCAGUGGAUAUGGAGUCAGCGAAAGGCGCUGGUGAAAGCGUGCAGGGCGCUCAAAGCGAGCUAUCAACACGUCUACGCAAUCGUGUUCAACACUGCCACGCGCGCCCUCGAGCGGCACUGCGUGUUCCUCACGAAGCCGUACCUUCGGCUAUUCAGCGGUCGAUACUUUUGUUUGGCUGUGGCGUCCGAUCAAGACCAUCAAGUCAUUGCGUCGUCCGCCGCUCUGUUGGGCAAAGCCGCCGUCGAUCGAACCCGCGCGUGCCACGGUCUCUCACCGGACAAGCUGCUUGCCGCGUACUUUUUGUCACCGGAUCGUCGACACUCCAAGACGUCUCGAAUGGCCGGCGGGGUGGGCCCUAUCAUGGCAUCUACUUCGUUUCAGAUUGCAGCGGGGAUGCCCCCCACCGCAGGCGACCGCCCCCUGUGGCUGGAACAGAUCCACGUAUUUCGUGGCACCCGCGUCGAGCGCAUGUCGUGCAAUUUUGGAAACGUUUUGUUCACGGUGGGCGGACGUUUGUUUGAAUGGGGCAAUGGCGACGUCAUGGCGACUUCUCGACCGUCCGUUUUGGACGACUUGCCAACGACCGACAACUUGCACGUUGGCGCCGGCCGCCUCCAACGUCCGUGCUUUGCCCCGACGCUCGAUGACGUGCACCAUAUCGACGCGAGUGCGUACAAAGUGGCCCCACGUGAAUUUCACAAGGCCGUGCACGAGUACUCGAUGUGGUUAACUCGGCAAAACAAGGAGCACCCGCCUUCCAGAACGGCGCAGCACGGGUGUACCAACGACGUCCAGAGCUACGACGAUCAAGUGGCACUCGCAUGUGCUAGGUGGCAGCAGGCCAAGAUUCAAAUGGGCCCCCGCGCGAUUGCUCCGACGCUGUCCGACGUGCAUGCUGCCAAGUGUGGCGGGGGCGAAUUCUACGUGGCACUGUCGAAAGCAGGCGCAGUCUUCACUUGGGGAAACGGGGUGUUUGGGCGGUUGGGACGGGGGGCUCUGGUGGACCGUGAGACUUGGACCCCACAGCAAGUCGUUGGAUUCCAUCGCCCCGUACGAACCGUGGCCUGCGGCGCGACGCACGUUGUCUGCGCCGAUUCCCACGGGCUCGUGUACAGCUGGGGCGGGAACCUCCACGGCCAACUCGGGACGGGGCUCACCGACGACGUCUCCGAGCCCGCAGUCAUUGCGUUCUUGCAGGACAAGGUGGUUGUGGACGUCGAGGCCGGUGACGACCACACGAUAGUCCUCAGCGACGUCGGCGACGUGUACACGUUUGGGCAAAACUGGAGUGGACAGCUCGGUCGGGGCAUGCGCGAGAUGCUCUUUUCCGCCGUGCCGACCGUCGUCGCGUUCCCGGAACCGGUGUCUGACCCGAUUUACAUGAUUCGGAGCAUCGCGACGACCUGCACUGUGUUUGUGUGGGGGUCGUGCGCCGUGCCGAUGUGCGGGCUGGUCAGUCGGUACACGCCGCAAGUCGUCAAGUACGAAACCCUUCCGUGCGCCACCACCUCUCACGCCGUGGUGACCGACUCGAUUCACGUUGUGACGUCGUUGGCGCUGUCGGCGGGAUGCGUCGUUGUGGGUGUGUCCACUACCGCAACGUACCACGAAUUUUACGCCACGGACACGCCACUCGCGCAUGCUCCUCGUCCCGAGCGCGCCGACGCAGCAGACGACGGCGUUCCCUUGCCAUCGACCCCAUCUCCACAUCGCCAUGCUGCGUAG